CAUACUUGGACGGCUUCACUCAAGUGAAGAACGACAGCGCAGGGAAUUUCUUCUACUCUAAGCCGCAGGAGAAUGUGUACAUAACGGCCAGCGUGAAUUCUACGGGAAGCGUGAUUCGGAAGGUUUGGAAUGGUGUGGCCAAGAGAUGGGAGGUGGGAUGGACUGCUCCGGAAAAUGAAUGUGAUGUUUAUGGUAAGUGUGGGGCGUUUGGUAGCUGUAAUGACAUGAAAUCUCCUAUUUGUAACUGUUUGAGAGGUUUUGAGCCUGUAAAUGAGGAUGAAUGGAGGAGAGGGAAUUGGACUAAUGGAUGCAGGAGGAGGAACCGGUUGCAAUGUGGAGACGAUGGAUUUGAGAGGUUGCGGUAUAUGAAGGUUCUGGACUUUGCUCAACCCUUGCCUUCGAGGGUUCAAGACGAAUGUCGAACUAGAUGUGCGGGGAACUGCUCCUGCAUAGCUUAUGCUUAUGAUAGUUACAUUGGUUGUAUGUUUUGGAGCAAUACAUUGAUUGACACUCAGGAGUUUGGUAGUGUUGGUGUUGAUCUCUACGUUCGUCUCUCUGCUUCCGAAUUUGGUAGCCACAAGGAAAGAAAGCUUUUCAUCAUAAUUCCGGUAGCUGUGAGUUUUGUUUGCAUAUCUAUCAUGAUCUUCAUUGCUUGGUGGCUGAUGGUAAAGAGGAAAGGAGAUAAAGUGAAAGAUACGAGUAUUGUGGAAGCAGGCCAGAUGGUUACUACGGAUUCAACUGCAAUCGUACUUAGAAAUGAGUCAAAGGAGGUUUAUAUCGGAGAUUUGCCAAAGUUCACUUUCGAGAUGCUUGCUAAAGCAACAAACCGGUUCCACGAAGAUAAUCUUCUUGGAAGGGGUGGUUUUGGUCCUGUUUACAAGGGAAUUCUGGCAAACGGGAAAGAAAUCGCUGUAAAGAGACUAUCAGCAGACUCCGGACAAGGAAUGCAAGAAUUCAUGAAUGAAGUGAUUGUGAUUUCCAAACUCCAACACAGGAAUCUUGUCAAACUGUUAGGAGGCUGUGUUGAGAAAGAAGAGAAGAUUCUCAUAUACGAAUACAUGCCAAACAAAAGCUUAGAUAUUUGUCUCUUUGGUCCUACAAAUCCAACAAAGAAGUUGUUAGAUUGGAAUGUGCGUUACAGCAUUAUCGAGGGCAUCGGACGAGGCAUCUUGUACCUUCACAGAGACUCAAGACUAAGGAUCAUUCACAGAGACCUAAAGCCAAGUAACGUUCUCCUAGACCAAGACUGGAAUCCAAAAAUCUCGGAUUUUGGGAUGGCAAGAAUAUUCGAAGGCAAUGAAGACCAUGGAAGUACUGCAAGAGUCGUGGGAACAUACGGAUACAUGGCGCCAGAAUACGGAAUGGGAGGCAGAUUUUCUGAAAAAUCUGAUGUAUACAGCAUCGGAGUGUUGAUAUUGGAGAUUAUAAAAGGGAAAAAGAACACAAACUAUUUCAAUGAUGAAUUUUCCUGGAGUCUCAUAGGAUGUGCAUGGAAAAUGUGGAAUGAGGGUAACGGUUUGAGCUUCGUGGAGGAAAGCAUCGCAAGUAGGGAGAGAAAGGAAGAAAUGGUUCGAUGCAUUCAAAUAGGGCUGCUGUGUGUCCAAGAAUCACCGAACAACAGACCUGCGAUUCAAACCGUUCUUUCGAUGCUGAGUGGUGAAAUUGUGGAGCUGCCACUACCCAUGCAGCCAGUGUUCGCGGAGCAGAAUGUGUCAACGAACCAUAAUGGCUACUCCAAUAACGAGCUCACUCUCACCGUGCUUGAUGGUCGAUAACCCUAUUGAAACUGAUCGUCUCAGCUCGUCUUAGCUCAUGAGCUCUCUCCAUCGUAUUCGUUAGAAUUGGUAGUUUGUUAUGAUCAGGUUUCAUGUGUGUAUAAAAGGAUAGUAGAUCUCUUGUUUCAUUUCAAUACAUUCAAUAAGAAUAAUAUUCUCAAUUCUGUCGUCUCUCAUUUAAAAA